AUGGCCAUCGCAACGGGUAUCCCUGGUUUUGAAGUCACUAUCGAGGUCGACGCGGCAGCACUACCGGAACACCAACAUGGGAUCAUCGACGACGAUGAGGUUGCAACCUCUACAUCUAGGUAUAUUGAAGCGCCAUCAGCCGCCAACUUCUCCAUCCGCUAUUUGUUUCGUCCACCUUUCACCCCACCCUCGGCAGUACAGAUGGAUGUGCUGCUAGACGGUAACUAUGUGCAAGCUCCGUUCGUCGAAUGGGGUGGGAAGGAAGAGUGCGAGGGAUACCUUUGCUCACGAUCCACUUCAUCGACUGGCGGACACAGCUUUACUCAGGGCUUCCACUUUGCUGAGCUGAGGACCGAUGAGACCAACAUUCCCAUGACCAAGGACCUCGCGGAUCGACUGUCACCCAUCGGCCGCAUUGUGCUUUACUUCUAUUUCAUCGAGCAUCUGGAAGCAGUGAGACCGACAGAAGUACCUCAGCUUGCUAGUAACAAGUUUGAUGUUCUCAGCGAGAAGGCAUUACACAAGGCGGCUGCGAUGCAGGGCGAUCAACUGUCUCAUCAGACUAGUCUGACUGCACCCGAGCAACGUGAUACCAUCACUUACAACGAAGUCAAGACGACUGAAAACGAGCCUUUCGCAACGUUCACCUUCUACUAUAGGUCGACCGAUGCGCUCAAGUCUAUCGGCGUCAUCCCGCGUACCCCAAGCCCAUCCCCGGAGCCAGAAUCAGAGGCCGAAGACAAAGAUCCAGCAGACAUGACCGAGGACGAAUUGAGGGCGGUGGUUAUACGUAUGCGCGAGAAGGACCAGAAAGCGAUCACCAUCAAGCGCGAACGCGAGGAAGAGCGAGAAGACAGUGAGGAUACCUUAGUUGGUGAUGAAGUCGAGUGGGUUGGUAGCCAGCCGGCACAUCCGAUCGCGAAGAAAACACGUCGCGCUCCGGGUCCUGAUGAUGAGGUCGUGGCUCUGGAUGAUUGA